GGGAAGAAGCCGACAUGUCUCUCUCCCCUGCUUUGAGAUCCGUACAUUACAUCAGACGGUGAGAAGGACGUUCGCACGGGGAUACAGAAAACCGACGUCAUUUUUUCACAAGGUUUGGGUACGGAAAAAGGGCAAUCCAUGUGCUACGUACUAGUGUACUACUACACUUCGCUUGAGCAUUUAACGGCCAGUACGAGGAAAGUUUGAGGAGUGUAUUUGAAGGAACGGAGAUCACAUUAGGCCACAUUAAUCGCUAAUCUACAAAGCCGGCGCCAAAUUUAGCUGUUCUUCACUUUCUCACUUACGGGCCGCUCUGGUUGAUUGAACCGCGUCGGUGUUUGACGCCUAUAUAAACGAUGCCAUCCUUGCCCACAUCCAUCCAGCCAUCCACAGCUUCCCUUCCUUAGCAUCUCCGAACAAGUUGAUCGAGCUCCAAUGGCGCUCCUACCUCGGCGGUUUCUGCUCGGGGUUUGCGCCGUAGCGCUGGCCGUCGGCCUCGCGAACGCUGUGGCUGUGCACGGCGAGGCAGCGCCGGUCGUGGUCGGCCUGGCCAGGUGCUCGGACUGCACAAGGAAGAACAUGAAUGCCGAGGCAGCUUUCAAAGGUCUCCAAGUUGCUGUCAAGUGCAAGAACGGCAGGGGCGAGUACGAGAGCAAGGCCGUGGGGCAUGUUGACAAGUCCGGCGCCUUCAGCGUCCCCCUGGCCGCCGACCUCGUCGGCGACGACGGCGAGCUGAAGCAGGACUGCUUCGCGCAGCUCCACAGCGCGUCGAGCGCGCCGUGCCCCGGGCAGGAGCCCUCCAAGAUCGUCGCGGCACGGCCCAGCCACGACGGCCAGACGACCUUCGUCGCGAUCGCCGGCGAGGUGCACCAUCCUUCAGCUGAGUGCGCCUCCGCGUUCCUGUGCAAUCCUCUGCACAAGCACCACUUGGUCGUCUUCCACAAGCCCGUCAUUGUCUCUCCCAAGCACGAUCAUGAUCACGACCACGACCAUGACCACGUCCACGACCAUGAUCAUGACCAUGACUCUCCCAAGCACGAUCAUGAUCACGACCACGACCAUGACCACGUCCACGACCAUGAUCAUGACCAUGAUCACGCGCCUGCAGUCAAGCCACCGACGACGCCGGUGUACACGCCGGCGGCGCCAACCCCUACGCCGAUCUACCACCCCCCAGCCCAGCGUGACGCCGUCACGGAGCCACAGCUCUUCAAGAAGAUGCUCCCGUUCCUCAAGAAGCUGCCGUUCUUCCCUCCUGCCAAGCAGAGCGGCAAGCCGUAGAUACGCUUGUGGAGGCGGAGCGAGUCUGCUGGCUCUUUUGGUUGAAUGAUGAUGAAGCCACGCACGAGUUUCUUUUCGCCCUUUUGCUCGCUGGUAGGCAGGCCAUGUUGCUUCCACAAAAUAAUGUUUGCGAGGAUGAUUGUGCGUUCGGUUGAGAGCGUUCCAUUUCUGGACUAGUUCGAUCUUGCUUUGUUUUGUGUGUGUUGUUUCACUCCUGAUGUACUGUGUGCGAUAUGUUGGAAAAAUGAUUGGCAUCCCGUUAUUUCUCACUUGAUGCGUACGUCGACUUCUGCCACUGACCUUCUCAUUGAUUGGUACAUAUGGGAUGCAACUUUGGUAGAUCAAAAAUGAGCGGACAAGCUUGCUUAACAGUUAGUACUCCCUACCUAAAACGUCUUAGAAAAGUUUACAGUCUUAUAGAAGUUUACAGAGGGAGUACCUACCACACACAUGUGACGAUAUUCACGUCCUGCCGGUUCCGGACUAAACUAUUUCGGGUGUAUGCGGUUCAGUACAUAUAUCACCAACUCCACUAUUCCACGCUCACUAAUUACUACCCCCGCGCCCCAACCCUCUGUUUUGAUGGAUGAAGAUGCUAAACAGUAACUUUACCGCAUAUCGCCUUCUUGCAAGACAUCAAUCA